CAGUUUCUCCACAUUUAUUUAUAGUGCAUAACUUUUCCAGUUUCCAUUGGUUGCAUGGCAUUGGAAAUGUUGGAUUUGUUUCCUUAUUUAUUUUUUACCCAAGACCACGUUUACGGAUUAGUCGUCAGAUCAUGGUCAUGCAAUCUAUUUCUUCCUCCAUUGGUACUAGGUAGAUAUUUCGGGUUUCUACCUCCAUUUUUGGUUUAGUGAAUUGUGAACUUUAGGUUACCUUCCAUCAUCAUCAUGUCAUUGUUGUUCGUGAACAUCACAGCCAUGCAUGGUCCAUGACUUUAUUUGUGGGAUCACUUUCUAGACCACUUCCAGUUGUAAAAAGGAGAAAAAUCGACUAGCUGUUAAGAGUUGUCAAUGAAAUGUGGUGAAAUGUCACUGAAAAAUUUCUGGAAGUAAACGACUCCACAUUGAAGAAGAAAGUUUGUGCAAGAAAGUUUUGGUAACACUCCUUCUUUUUGCUUAAUCUUUACAAAUGUUGUGAUAAAAUUGAACUUACUGACAGAAAAUUUGAAUCUAGAAGUUUUUGCACUGCAGGAAACGACUCGAGAAAAACUAUUUUUUGUGCAAUGUCAACCAACUCAGAUUUAUUUCCAUUCGAUCGAAAAUUCGUGUCUGUGGCCUGCAUGGAAAUAAACUUUCAACUGGAAGAGUUUUUUGAAAGGAGUUGAUCCUAUUCCUUUCAGUGAAAAUUGUUAAGAAGAAAUCGAAAAACAACGCUGCCAAUCUGCGUGAGAGAUUUAGACAUUAUAAAAUAAACCAAAAUAGCAUGAAUGAGUCCACGUUUGUUUGUGACAUCGGUAUAGAUCAUAGAUCACCCAUAGCAAAGAAGUCUUAAGGAGCAUCUUCACUCAGACGGCAAGAUGUUUCACUGUGACAUUUGUAAAAAAGACUUUGCAUGCAGAAACAACCUAACAAACCAUCAACGAGUCCACACUGGAGAGAAACCGUAUGUUUGCAACACUUGUGGGAAAUCCUUCGCUCAGAGCAGCUCCUUAAGGAGGCACCAGAACGUCCACAGUGGAGAGAAAACUUUUGUUUGUGAAGUAUGUGGGAAAGCCUUCUCAAGUAACACUAUACUUACACAACAUAACAGUGUUCAUAGCGGAGAAAGACCAUUUGCUUGUGAUAUUUGUGGAAAAGCAUUCUGUUUUAAAGAUGCUUUGGUAAAACAUAGGCGAGUCCAUACUGGAGAGAAACCAUUUAUUUGUGGUACUUGUGGAAAAGGUUUUUCACAGAAAAACAACCUGUCUCAACAUCAACGGGUCCACACUGGAGAGAAACCAUUCGAGUGUGACAUUUGUGGGACAUUUUUUUCACAUAAAACCAAUCUCGUCCAACACCAGGUUGUGCACACUGGUGAGAAACGAUUUGUUUGCGGCAUUUGCGGAAAAGCCUUCCAGCGCAAAUCCAUCCUUGCAGAUCAUCAGAGAAACCAUACGGGUUCUUAUGUGACAGAGAAAACCUGCGUUUGUGAGAUUUGUGGGCGGGCUUUUACUCAAAUAUACACCCUAAAGAAACACCAAAAGAUCCACACAGAAGUGAAACGUUUUGUUUGUGGUAUUUGUGGAAAAUCCUUCGUAUUGAUGGCUUAUCUGGAACAACAUCAAAGAGUCCACCCUGCAGAUUUGAAAAGCCUUGGUACUGAUUAAGAGUGUUACUUUUGAACUUACUACCUACCCUUCUUUGUAAAGGAAGAAGCACUGAUCUGGUCGUUCAGCUCAGUGACUUUCAAAAACUCUGUUGUAGGAAAACACUUCGAGACAUCAACUGUGUGACCUUUGUGGAAAGGCCUUCUCACUCAAAACUGAUUUAAAUGGUCAUCCGUUAACCCAUGAGAAAGAGAGAGAAGAGCCGUUUAUUUGUGACUUUUGCGGCAAAGCAUUCUCAAAUAAAACCAGACAAGGCAGUACUAGGGCCCAAUUUCAUAGCGGUGUUUAUUGGUAAGCAACUUUUUGUGCUUACCGUAGCUAAACAAUUUGCUACACUGCUAGCGUAUAUUGCACAGGUUCAAAGAAAAAUUACGCCGCCAUAUUGCGCGUUCACAAAGAAUUUGCAUUGUUGUUGCAGUAAGCACUAAGCACCGCAAGGUUAGCACGCCAUUUCGUGUACUUUCAGUUAGAAAUUGCAUUGUAUCCAAAGCCAUUAAUUUUGAGCGCUUCUGAUCAUUUAGUCUAUCUUUAUGAUCUACCAUAAAACUGAUCGACCUCGCAAUGGUGUCCCGGGAAACAUUUUUCAACACUCCCUAACUGAUUAAAGAAGUCCUGGGCAAAACGCUGAUGGGUGACAAGAAUAUACAAACUACCCAAUUGGAACCAAAAUCACAGAUUACAUAUGUGUAAUAUUCCACAUUUUUAUUGCAGAGUACAGUUGAAUACAAAAUAUUAACAAAUCUUCCUUAUAAUCCAACCAUUUUGAUGAAUGUAUCAAAGAAAUUUGUGAGGGGCGACAACAAAUUUCCCCCACUAUUAUUUGGUUGUAAUGGAUUAUAUAUUUUUUGCAAAGAGUACUGUAUGUGUUUUUAAGCUUUGCAUGGUGGCAUGAAUCAAGUACAUUAAUAACCAUUAGCCCAUGUGACAAAAAUGAUGAUUCUCGUCCCCUCCUGUUUUCUUUGCGGAUAAUGGCUCCUGUUUUUAGUAACUGAAAGUUUACAAAUUGCCCAUUUGGAAAGAAAACAAAAUUAUUACUAAAAACCUCUCUACCAUGUAUAAAUUGCUGUCAAUGCAAAAGUUUGUAUAAUUUGUUUCCAUCAUAAUCCAUACACCAAAAGGUUCUACUGCGCCAAGCUGUUUUUGUAUGUCGCCCUCUCUUGAAGGAGUUUAUUUUAGACAUGAUUCUUGUGUAGCUAUAACACUUGUUGUAGCCCUCAGGAUUGUGCAUUUAUCUUAAAGACUCUGGACACUAUUAGUAUUUGUCAAAAACCAGUCUUCUCACCGAGUUUCUCACUUGGUGUAUCGCA